GAUACUAUUUGGGCGGUGCUGUUGGGGGUCGUCGCAAUGCAAUAACAUUCAAUAUGGGGUACAUAGUACUGUGAUUCUUAUAUUUCGGCUACUACAAAUAGAUAAGUAUCCAUUAACUGUCUAGUCAUUCCAUCAUUUAGUGAAUCUGUUUCGGAAUUAUUUAGAUAGCGUAGGCUAUGUAUUUGAUGUUAAUAAAUUGAUGCAUUGUUACAGGAGAGGCGUUGUUCUAAUAGCAAUUUGAUGCGGUGACAGUUAAACUGUUGUAACAUUUAGAUACGUAUCAAUGUAGCAAUAUUUCAAAUGAUAAAUGUUAUCCUUGCAACGAACUCAACAGCGUGUGGUGGCGAUUCUAAUUUGUAUACAAGCCUGGUAGUGGCUAAAGCGCUAUUGAACGUUUUGAAGAAUACUCGGUUACUAGGUGAAAGGUUAGGGACAUCGCUCUCAAAUAGUUCGUCGUCGGGUCGUGUAUGAUCAUAGGAUGCGCAAUGCAGCGAGUGCCUCUUUGUCUCUGGGAUCGCUGGGUCUGCUGCGUCUCUUCGGGGUCCCCUGGUCCUGGAGCUUAGCAGCAGGCUUCGGGGUCUUUCUGGGCACAGGUGGUUGGAAGUACCUCUACAUCGUAGUCCGUACUGCCAAAAGAGACCUAAAUGGCCUUUACGUGUUGUUACGAGUCAAGAUAGCCUUGUGGCACCACCUACGGCUCAACAGCAAUAUCCCCUCCAUCUUUGCCCAGACAGUGAAGCAGCACCCAAAUAAACCCGCCCUCAUCUACGAUGCCACAGGAGAGACGUGGACCUUCACCCAGCUGGACCUGCUGUCUAACGCUGUGGCCCAAUGGGCUCUGGCCCAGGGCUGGGCCCCGGGGGAUGUGGUGGCCCUCUUCAUGGAGAGCCGGCCCUUGCAGGUGGCCCUCUGGCUGGGCCUGGCCAAGGUAGGGGUGGAGGCAGCACUCAUCAACUUCAACCUGCGGAGGGACGCUCUCCUGCACUGUGUUGGAGUGUCUGUGUCCAGAGGGAUCGUUUUCGGAGCCGAGCUGGCUGGUGCCAUGUUGGAGGUGAGUUCAUCCCUGAGCCCGUCGAUGGUGCGGUUUUGUACAGGAGAGCUCAGUGUAGACUGUCUGGCCUCCCUGUCUGCCCAGAAUCUGGACUAUAUCCUGGCCUCGGCCCCUACACUGCCCCCUCCUUCCUGCAUCCCACCCAAGAGCUUCAAUGAUCGUCUGUUCUAUAUAUACACCUCAGGCACCACAGGACUCCCGAAAGCUGCCAUAGUGGUGCACAGUCGGUAUUACCGUAUCGCUGCUUUUGGCUACCAUGCUUUCCGCAUGCGCCAGGAUGACAUCAUCUACGACUGCCUUCCCCUCUACCACUCUGCAGGUAAUAUCAUGGGUGUAGGCCAGUGUCUCAUCAAUGGACUCACUGUGGUGGUGAAGAAGAAAUUCUCAGCCAGUCGCUUCUGGGAAGAUUGCAUCAAGCACAACUGCACUGUGGUGCAGUACAUAGGGGAGAUCUGUCGCUACCUGCUGUCCCAGCCGGUGCGGCCAUCUGAGAAGGGUCACCGGGUUCGCCUGGCGGUGGGGAAUGGGCUGCGCCCUAGCGUCUGGGAGGCCUUCACCGAGCGCUUUGGGGUGGCCCAGGUUGGUGAGUUCUACGGAGCCACUGAAUGCAACUGUAGCAUCGCCAACAUGGACGGCAAGGUGGGAGCUUGUGGGUUUAACAGCCGCAUCCUGCCCAAUGUGUACCCAAUCUGCCUCAUGAAAGUGGAUGAGGAGACCACAGAGCUGGUGAGGGACAGGCACGGCCUGUGUGUGCCCUGCCGUCCUGGGGAGCCAGGGCUGCUGGUGGGAAGGAUCAACCAACAGGAUCCACUACGGAGGUUUGAUGGCUACGCCAACCAGGAUGCCACCAGGAAGAAGAUUGCCAACAACGUCUUCAAGAAAAAUGACUCGGCAUAUCUGUCAGGGGAUGUGUUGGUGAUGGAUGAGCUAGGCUACAUGUACUUCCGGGACCGCAGUGGAGACACGUUCCGCUGGAGAGGAGAGAACGUCUCCACCACCGAGGUGGAGGGAACACUGAGUGGUCUGCUGGGCCAGGCCGAUGUGGCUGUGUAUGGGGUAUCUGUACCAGAUGUGGAAGGGAAGGCAGGGAUGGCUUCCAUCGCAGACCCAACAGGGACAUUUGACUGUGAUGCGUUCCUGCGAGAGGUCCAACAGGCCCUGCCCCCUUACGCCCGUCCCGUGUUCCUACGCAUCUCCCCACAAGUAGACACCACAGGUACCUUUAAAAUCCAGAAGACCCGGUUGCAGAGGGAGGGAUACGAUCCGCGCUUAUCAACCGACCAGAUUUACUUUUUGAACUCCAGAGCAGGGCGUUAUGAGGCUGUGAAUGAGGAGCUACACAGUGCUAUAGUGGAGGGUAGAAUGGCUCUUUGAGAUGAUGGACUAUUUUAAGCUGGGUUUACACAACACGUUUAUGAGACUGCUUUGAGCCACAGCUUGUUGUAGCUACGUUAAAUCUAAUCGCAUAACUGUUUUCGCGAGACACGGUGGUAUGGACAAUCCUCACGACCAAGAGGAAUCUUGUAGUGUGUGAACCCUAUCUGUGCCACAUGGUUUAGCGUGUGAGCCCUGUCUGUGCCACAUGGUUUAGUGUGUGAGCCCUGUCUGUGACACAUGGUUUAGUGUGUGAGCCCUGUCUGUGACACAUGGUUUAGUGUGAGCCCUGUCUGUGACACAUGGUUUAGUGUGUGAGCCCUGUCUGUGACACAUGGUUUAGUGUGUGAGCCCUGUCUGUGACACAUGGUUUAGUGUGUGAGCCCUGUCUGUGACACAUGGUUUAGUGUGUGAGCCCUGUCUGUGACACAUGGUUUAGUGUGUGAGCCCUGUCUGUGACACAUGGUUUAGUGUGUGAGCCCUGUCUGUGACACAUGGUUUAGUGUGUGAGCCCUGUCUGUGACACAUGGUUUAGUGUGUGAGCCCUGUCUGUGACACAUGGUUUAGUGUGUGAGCCCUGUCUGUGACACAUGGUUUAGUGUGUGAGCCCUGUCUGUGACACAUGGUUUAGUGUGAGCCCUGUCUGUGACACAUGGUUUAGUGUGUGAGCCCUGUCUGUGACACAUGGUUUAGUGUGUGAGCCCUGUCUGUGACACAUGGUUUAGUGUGUGAGCCCUGUCUGUGACACAUGGUUUAGUGUGUGAGCCCUGUCUGUGACACAUGGUUUAGUGUGUGAGCCCUGUCUGUGACACAUGGUUUAGUGUGUGAGCCCUGUCUGUGACACAUGGUUUAGUGUGUGAGCCCUGUCUGUGACACAUGGUUUAGUGUGUGAGCCCUGUCUGUGACACAUGGUUUAGUGUGUGAGCCCUGUCUGUGACACAUGGUUUAGUGUGUGAGCCCUGUCUGUGACACAUGGUUUAGUGUGUGAGCCCUGUCUGUGACACAUGGUGUAGUGUGUGAGCCCUGUCUGUGACACAUGGUUUAGUGUGUGAGCCCUGUCUGUGACACAUGGUGUAGUGUGUGAGCCCUGUCUGUGACACAUGGUUUAGUGUGUGAGCCCUGUCUGUGACACAUUGGUUUAGUGUGGCACCACUACGUUGGCAAGACAACAAAAUACUACAGGAAAGACGGUCGUUUAGUGCGAGAGGCUCAGCCAUGUUAGGAUUAUGAAAGUCAUGUAGUGGACACCGGCUUUAGGAAAGUGACUGUCAAGGUGUCAGAUACUGGAGACAUGAUAUGACGUGAUAUGCUGGAGUGGAAAAGCCUGAUCAUGCCGUUAUAAUGCAUUGUAAGACUUGUCAUAAGCAUGCAUGACCCCUUAUAAUGUCUUAUCAACUUAUAAUGAUCCUGUCUCAACUUGAUAUGUUCAUACGUUGUGAAAAAUAACAUUGUAUUAUAAAGACUCAUCUGUGCUUAGAACACGUUAUAAAGCAGUACACCUGCAGGCUUUAAGUAGUGUUAUUGCUGAAGUCUCCAUGUAUUAGUGUUGCUCCCUGGAUCUAGUCUAGAUCAGGGGACUGAAGGGCUACUGAUCAAUCAGGGAAACCUUAGUACUGUUACAAAACCAUGUUUUAACACAAUCAAUAACGUCCAAGGACAAGGUUGGAUGAGGGCUUUUUCCCCCUUUUGUAUUUCUUCAUUUGUGUUGUUUCUUAGUUUAGCCAAAUGAAAACGUUCAAGCCUUCAACACUACAAUGCACAUAGAGCAGAGCAUGUUUUCACAUGAAACCAGGAUGUCUGUUACAAUGACAGCAUUUGUCUGUUUGUUACUAUGAGAGUGUAAAGGAAAUGAGAGCUGGGACUGAAUAUACCACAGUCGUUGAGAUACCAGUCUCUUGAAGAUUGUGUUCCAGGCUAUUUGCUCCCAACCUUGUAAUAGUAGUGUGCCACCAUGUAAAGAACGAAAUACUGAACAGAUUUUUAGCAAUACUUGAGUGUCCAUGUUGGAUGAGGUGUUGCUACCUGUGUGUUAGUAGUAUAAUAGACCAUGCCACAGCUGAACAUGCCUCUUAUUCCGAACACUAACUGUAGGAGUUUCGAUUGCGAGAUGACAUUUUUUUAAUGUAAAACUUAACCCGAUUACGUAACAUGUUUGAAGUAAUGGAUGAUAUGCACUGACUGACCACUCAGGUUCACACACAUUGAUAUUAUGUGCCUUGUGGGAACCCUGUGGAAGCCCUGUGUGUCCUGGAACUAUUGGGGUUUUAUGCUUAACCUGACUAGGGAACUCCAAUACAUAAGAACAUUAUUUAAACAAUAUCUUCAAAAUCUGUCAAUUAGUCAGCGAUCAUGGUUGCCCUAUUAUUAUGUAAUAAAGCAAUUUCUCAGAGUAAUAUUGUAGAUCGAAUUGAUUGGGAACAUUAUUCUAGGUCUCCAUUGUCAUACAUUUGUUUAGGUGUAACUCAAAAUAAAGGUUUGUAAAAGACA